AUGACUAACCUGCGGCUGAUUUGUCCCAGCCAGCGAGAGAAGAAAAAAGAAAUGAGGUUGGCGAUGCACGUGUGGAAGCCAGAGGAACGAAGAAUAGGCAGGAGGAAGAUUGACUGCGGAGAGCAGGUGCUUCCGCCGGAGCAGCGUGAUCCGAAGUGCGGUCUAGUUGCAGGAAUCCCCGGCGGCCCAGAGAGAGAGAGCGUUCACGCGUGCGGACUUGCUAUUUGUCGCCGGGCCAGAAAACAACUUUGCGGUAACUGUGACUGGCUGUUCCCAGACUUCGAGACCAGCGUCUGUAGGCCUUCGGGAAAGUGCACUUCGACGCGAGCUAGUCACUACAGUUGCAACAACUGGGGUCGGUAUGACUGGCUGAUGACGUCUAAUAAGCUAGAAACGGCCAUUCCAGUCUCCGUUAUCUUUGAUGGUCAUGGUAUACUGCAGUUGGCAAUGCCUCGGAUGUUUGCUCUGACUACAAAGAACGCAGCUCAUUCUCGUGUUUACCAAGUCGUUGUCAGAGUAUUUAAAACGAAGGACGAGGAUGAGGAUGAGGAGGAGGAGGAGGAGGAGAAGGAGGAGGGGAAAGGGGAGAAAGUAGAACACAGGAGAACGAAUAAGUCUUUCCUUUAUUCUUUUGUUGGCAAGUUCAUGUUGCUGAAGAACGAGCUUAAUAGGCACGCAGCUGUCGAUCCAAGACCUGGAGUUAGGAAUAGUGCUUUGCUUUACUUCCCCCCCUCCUGA